AUGUCCUCAUCGUCUUCUUCGAUUUUGCUCUCCACGCCUCCACUCGGAUCCGAAUUUGAUACUUCGAUCAAUACAGGUGGCGAAAAAAUCAACUGGGAUGACCACGCCGCCGCUUGGUUUGGAGACCGAGAGCUGGGAUUCACACAGUCCCCCGAGACCACAUCGAUCGAUUGGGACAGUUUGCUUCCUCCCUUAACGCGUAUCGAUCGACGCGCUUCAAGGGCAAAAUCUCGUCUUACAGAGCACAUUGAUGAUGGAGAAUUGGCUGUUCUGGAUGAAGAUUAUCUUGAUGAAACCCGAGGUGAUUUCAUUGGCCCUUGGACGCUGUCAUUCACGACUUUUGUCGAGCAAAUGCUUUGCGCUGCCAUGAGACAGACUGUGAAUCAGGCUGGAGAAAUGAGACAACCCAGGCGAAUGGCGAGUGGUCCGCGGAUCUUACGGAUGAAAGCUGAUGCCGACCUACCGCAGGUAGUGGCAGAGCAUUCUCUCGCCAAUCAGCCUGAGUAUGGAGUGCCGCCGCCCCUGGAAAAUGGUCGGAGGUUCCGCGAUCGCCUUCGCAAUGUCGCUCGAAAAGUCCGCGGCAUCUUGAUCCGGUCCCAAUGCUAG